AUGAAGUUCAAAUCGAUCCUAGGCGUAUAUGCCUGGAGUCAAAGUUUUAUUUCGCUUUCUGAAGCUGCAGCUGUGAACCAGCCACAUGAUUUCACUCCGAAGUCAUUUAUUGCAGCGCAAGAAGUAAAAUGGCCAGAGACCCUUUCUUCGACUCUAAUUCUCAACUCCGAGUCUCCCGUUGCAACCAUUGAUUAUGGGACAGAGGUUGCUGGAUUUCCGUUCUUUGAAAUAAGCAGAAUAGAUGGCCCGGUACAGAUUGAAGUAAAGUAUAGUGAACCGUACCAUGGGCUGCAGCACCCAUGGGGAGAUGGGCCCUACACUUUCUCGACCGGCCUCUCCAACGCGUUUCGAGUUGAAACCUUCAAUAUCACCAAGACUGGAAAGCUACAGUCUCAUUUGAUACAAGGCGGCCAGCGAUGGCAAUCUAUUCGUUUGAUUGCCGGACAGAGUGUUUCAUUCACUCGUGUUGCAUUCGUACCCACUGUUAGCGACAUCGACCCCGAGCAAUAUCCAAGCCAAUUUCACAGUGACAACACAUUAUUCAAUGAAAUCUGGAAGCUCGGGGCAAAAGCAGCUGGCCUCGCAUGUCUCGAGAAGGGAACGCAGGGUCCCGUUUGGACAAUCGAUCCUGCGAAGGGUGCAUUGGUACAGAGUAUGAGGGCUUCGCCAAACUUCGAAACCGGAUCGUUUGAAAACUACACCCUACAAUUUGAGACAAAAAUUGAAAGAGCUGGUUUAUGGUGGACAGUGGCCCAACCUAUGACAUACGGAUCUGGGCUUCAGCUUUUACUCACAGGAGAGCUGCCCAAGGAUACUACAUUUGCAAAUACCAAUACAACUCUCACCCCCGCGAACAGCAUUCUAUUGGCGAAAGGAUACGGCUUUGUCAACCAAACAACCUUGGACACACUUCUACUAGAUACAUUUACCGUGCCAUUUGAUGUGCAUGAAAAAGAAUGGUACAACAUUACCACCGUUCUCUCGGGUGGAGAUCGCAUUUCUGUUCAGAUAAAUGGUAAGAAGGUAUUUGAUGUUUCGCUUGGUGAUUACUAUACAGGGGGUUCAGUUCCACUUAGUGGUGCCAUUGGUUUUGGCGCUUACCAAGACCAAUCCGCCUGGGUUCGCAAUGCCAGACUCUAUGACAGUGCGAAUAGUACUCUCUUGUACAAAGACAGUCUACGUGAUAAGGGAGCAUCUGCUCGAUAUGGAAAUCAAGCGAAUGUGGCGACCGUAUGCCUGGACGGGCCUAAACGUGACCGCAUGAUCUGGCUGGGAGACUUUUACCACACCUCCCGCAUUAUUGGCGCGAGCAGCUCUCGCUUCGAUCGGUCACGCGACACGAUGUCUUUCCUUUUGGAUACCCAGGCCCCUAAUGGGGAGCUGAGCUAUGCGGCUAGUAUGGGAUACGACCCAUCGACCACCAUUGAUGCAUUCACUACCGGAGGAAAAUAUCCUGCCUUGGAGGAUUACCAGAUGCUUGGAUUUUUGGGCUUCUACCACACUACUAAGCAGUCAAACGAUCUUCAAUAUGCCGCUAAAACAUGGCCUAAAUGGCAGAAGCAGCUUGGAUGGCUACUUACGACGGUGAAUUCUACUGAUGGGUUGGUUGAUUUGGAUAGCGCCUUUGUGGGUGCCAACUCAGGUGGUUCGGCUGUGAGCUGCCUUGCGGUUGAAACACUCAACGGUGCUGCCGAGGUCGCUGCAGCACUGGGGCACAGCUCCAAUGAACUCGAAUAUAAGAGAUCGGCGCAAAGGCUGGCUCACUCCAUCAACAAGCACCUCUGGAAUGAUAAUCUGGGCUCAUACUCAACAAGCCGAUCGUCACACCAGGACUUUGGCGUUUCUGAUAUUGCUUGGUGCAUCACUUCUGGAGUCGCGAAUUCAACACAAAAGUCGAAGAUGGUGUCUACAAAGGUACUGGGAAGGCUCAAACUCGGGCCCGGCUACAAAGCAGACACCACUGUUAGUGCUUUGGAUCCAGUCGUGUCAAUCUCGCCCAACACAAAUGGCUUUUUAUUGCCUGCACUUUUCAUGAGUAACGCCACCACCGUGGCUAAGGAUCUUCUGGUCUCGGUAUGGGGACCAAUGCUUCACAAGAUUGGCGAAACAGGCAUUGGGAACGACACCACGUCCACAGGCGCCAGCUGGGAGUAUCUUGCGCUUGAUAAAUCACCUGGUUUAUCACUCUUCACGAGUCUCGGCCAUCCGUGGGGCGGAGCAGCGACUUAUAUUCUAACCGAGUGGGCCACCGGCCUGCGACCAGCGGGUGGCCCUGCAGGAUUUGGAUAUAAUGAGUGGCUCUUGGCGCCAGAAACUGGCGUGGAGAUGGGGUUAAAGAAGUCGAGUGCGAAGGUGGUUACGGGAUCAGGAGACAUCUUGUCGGUUUCAUGGGAGCUUACGGGUACAUCCCUUCGUGUAAAUAUUGAUGCACCUCAGGGUACCACAGGAACUGUCCAGUUUCGUGGAAGUUCGAAAACAUUUGUUGGUGGGAAGAGACAGUCGACUAUACUUCCCUUUUAG